GCCUAUUUAAGGCUGAGCUGUCAGAGCUGAAACACUCAGCACAGCAGCAACAGGGAAGCUGUUUCAGCUGGGAGACUAACACCACAACAUAUUUCCCUCUUUUCUUCCCCUUUCUGCACACAAAUUACACCAGACUGCUCUGUCAUGGGUGUGAAGAUGCUGCAGUGUUUCCCUUUCUACAGACGCUGUAAAGAGCGCUGCAAGAGCCGGCAGUGCCCCCCAGCAGCAGUUCCAGUAGAGGAGAUGAAGCCACGUCUGUCCUCCACCACCUCCUGGGGCAGCGACAGCGAAGGAGCGGGGAGCCUCAGCCGGGGCUCGCAGAUCUAUUUCUCCACCAAGGCCCGGCUGUCGUUCAGACACCAGCUGGACAGCAACAUCAACGCAGUGGACGCCACCGACUGAGCAGAGAAGCUGAACGGACUCUAUGUUCACAAGCGUUUGGUGAUGAAAAGGAACUUCAGCUGCCUGCCAGUCAGAGCUGAUAACUAACCAAGUUCAACAAGACAGAAAAAGUCUGAAAGUGACUCUAAACCGAGUGGAGGCUCUGCCCUGCAGCCUGAUGAGAGGACGGGGAACAGAGGAGUUGUUUACACUGUUCACUACCAACUAGUGCAUUACUUGUGCCGUUUUCUUCUUUUGUUUAACCCUCAGAGCUUCAUUUGUGACAUGAUCAUGAGGAGCUCAUCAGAUUCUGAAUCAUCAAAACUAACUUGUAUUAUUUUUUUGACAAGUUUAUUUUAAAAUCCACAUGCUUGUACAGAAUUACUAAAAAAAAGUGUCUUGUUUUAAUAAUCCAAGCAUGACGCGUCAUGCAGGUGAUUCAAACGUGCUGACGUUUCUAUGGAUUUUUUUUUAAUUCAGCAGCAGCUAAACUGUAUUUCUAUUAGUAGACCUUGAUCAAUAUUUUUAUACAUUAAUGUAUUUUGGGGUAAUGAACGCAUUUGCCAUUCAUGGACUGACAUAUUGUGUGGAUAAAAUCCAGAAAAGACACUAACAUUUAUUCAGACUCGGAGUGUGUCAAAAAGAUUUAAAUUCUUAACUAAAUAAAACGAGUUGUAAUAAAA